AUGAAGUUGUCUGGAUCUAAUAUUGCUUCAGCUACUGAUGUUCGUCACACUUCACGUGUGAAUUAUAGUCCGGGUACAGGUGAAUACAUUGGUUUAACAAAGCAAUGGGUUAACCAUGUUCCUCUCCAUAAUUCACGAAAUAUAAAUUCUGGAACUGGUCUCAUUCAGAUCUACGAUGAGGUGCCUCAGAAAGGAGAGCCGAAUUACGGCAAUUAUCUUUCGAGUAAAGUAGUCCCAGACAAAAAUAUUGUAUAUACAAAUACCCCUCAGAAUGUUCAAGGAAAAUUCAAAAGUACUUCUCAUGAACAAAUUAAUUCACAAAUACCAAUAAAAACAAAACAUUCACAUACAAAAAAUCAUCGAAAUAUUAAAGAUAAUGAAAAUAAUUAUCAAUGGGUUAUUAAUCCAAUUCAUAAAAAAUCACAACAUGAACUAGAUCAAAUUCCAAUAAUCAAUAAUAAUAAUAAUAUCAGUUAUCAUGAUUAUUCUUUAAAUCGAUUAAAUAUUGAAAAGCAUAAAUCUCGAUCGAAAUCAAAAGUUUUAGAGAAAAGUGAAACAUUAGACAUGGAAACUAGUAAGGAUAUAUUUACUAGAUCAGUUUCUGCGCAUCCAAUUCUAAUGAAUACACCACAAUUACCACCAAAAAUUUAUAAAAGUGUACGAACAAAGUAUUACCAGCCGGAUGCUUAUCAAACGAUUACUAAUCAAUCAAAAUUAUCACUUGUCAAUUCAAGGGAACAUACUUCACCGUUGUACACUUCAAAUAAUCCUAUAAUUUCAAACAAAAUAUCUUCACAAAUGGAAGUCAAUCAAAUUAAUCACAGUUCGUCUAUCAGUAAUUCUCAUUCAUACGGUAAAGAUAUAAGUUUAAUCAAUGAUACAAAUCGUAAUAAUUCCGAUCAAACUAUUUCACAUUAUUGCGCUCGUCGUAAACAUUGUCGCGUAAGAAAACACAAGGCAUUGGAUGGUAAUGAUAAACGAAAUUUCGACGUAAAAUCAAUGAAAAGUUCUACAUCCGAUAAAACACAUAGUAAUAAACUACGUAACGAUACAACUUCUAAUACAUCAUCCGGCUUUAGCAGUCAUAAUCUUAAUUCUAUUGGAGUUAAUUCAACGGAUAACAUAAACUCAGUUUAUGACAUUUCUAUAAAUCAAACAAUUAAUUCACAUGAAAAUAUUAAUUUUGAGGACAAACAAUCAGGAUAUUAUAAUACCCCUAGAAAUUUAAAUGAAAUGAAAAAGUUAAAAAUAAACAGAACAUCAUCUAAAAUUAAAUAUCCAAUUUCAAAUGUAUCUAUAAAAAAGUCACCUACUGAUAUUCAAUUAUCUAAUCCAUACACCAGAGAGAGAUUAAAUGAACAUCAAUCCAGAUCACAAUAUCCUAUUCAAAUAUAUUUUGAAAAUAACAAUACUACAAAUAAUAAUAGUGUUAUUCAUCAUAUUAAACAUGACAGAAAUGAGAAUGUAGAUAAUUUAUUGAAUAAUGAUUAUGGAUGUGUGGAUAUAUUACCUGGUACAAAUAGAAAAGCUUUACGACGAUCAAAUAGCUCCAGUAAUGCUUUAACGUUUCAUCCGCAACAGUUAACUGUCAACAGAGUUAACAAUGAACAUGAUGAUUAUUGUUUUACAGGUACAUUACUAACAAAACAUUCACAAAUUCCACCAUUAGCAUUUAAGCAGGGAACUAAUAAUAAUGAGAUUAUCAAUAAAACCAAUCAUAAUAACAUUGUCAUCAAUAACGAUCAUAAUUUUAGUAAUGAUGGUGGAGUUGAUACAAAAGCAUGUUAUUCAAAAUUAGCUAUUCAUCGAUUGAGAAAUAAUGCUCUAUCACCAACCAAACAAUAUCCAUUGAAUCGAUCAAAUUUUCUUGUACAUCCAACCGUAAAUCAACAGUUUAUUGAGCCAUUUCAAUCGAACAAAAUGAUUAAUACUGUAAUUAAUGAAAAUACAUUCUGCUUAUUAAACGCUGAAGAGUUUCGUAAUGAACUUGCAAAAAUUGUAACACCAGGUGAUCCAAGAGCUGAUUUACAUGAAAUAUGUCGAAUCGGUAAAGGCAGUACUGGUGUAGUUUAUUUAAUGCGUCAUUCACCUACUAAACAAUAUGUUGCUGUCAAAAAAUGA